GCAAAUGAUGUUCUGUUAUUAACGAGGACUGUGUAGCAGCAAAUGAUAUUCUGUUCUUAACGAGGACUGUGUAGCAGCAAAUGAUAUUCUGUUCUUAACGAGAACUGUGUAGCAGUAAAUGAUAUUUUGUUAUUAACGAGGACUGUGUAGCAGCAAAUGCUAUUUCUGUUCAGAAAGACUUCUCAAGGAUGACAGAUGUGCAGUCUUCCAACAGCUUGUUUGAUAUGGUGUGGCAAGAGGAUGGCAGUGUUACCUUUGUGGCCAACAAUGGAAAAUAUGUUGCUGCCAAAAAGAGUGGGCACCUGUUCGCCAACAGUGACAAGGUAGACGAUAUGGAAAAGUUCUAUUUCUUUCUGAUCAACAGACGUAGUCUGGUUUUGAAAUGUGAGCAGGGCUUCGUCGGUUACAAGAGCUCAACGUCUUCCAAAUUAGAGUCGAACAAGGCUUCUUAUGAGACCAUUACGAUGGAGAGAGAUGAGAAAGGGGUCUGCUACUUCAGAGGUGCCGCCAACCAUAAGUAUUGGACAGUGUCGGAAGACGGCUCAAUCGCCGUAGAAUCUGACAAGCCACAAGGAUUUUAUAUCGAGCUUAGAGAACCUUGCAAACUUUGUCUGAAGACCACUGACGGGUGCUAUUUAGUCGCAGACAAGAACGGCGCUUUCAAAGUGAAUGGAACCGACCCAAACAGCGCCACCUUGUGGGAGUAUUAGGUGUAAGGCGACGUUUCUUGCUUUUGUUUUGAACGGUAGUGUUUUACUGCCCACUGUUUGCUCACCCUGUACUUAAGUUACUCCUUGUACAACUAA